AUGAAGUAUAUGUGGUUACUGUGGUUAUUUGUGGUGCUACCAACGGUUUAUGGGCAGUUUGGAUUCGGAAAGUCAUAUUUGGGGAAUUCCCGUUUGUGUCACCAAUGGAACUGUAUCAAUGCAAAACUGGGUCUCGAAGACUCUUUACCACCUAAGGACCAGAGCGUAGCAGUACUUCGCCAGUUACUUCCUCAAGGACCAUGGCAGGAUGUGGUGGAAAAUGUUGUGGAGCAUUGUUAUGUGAACAGGAGUCGAAGGUUUACCAAUACCUGUCCAGGACAGGCCUUGAUGCACUGCCUUGUGGAUCAAAUGAUUGAUUUUUGUCCUGUGACUAGUCUGAGAAAGGAUGAUUCCUGCUCCAUCGUUACGUCCAUAAACGGCAUGAGAUUUAUGUUCUCACAAAGUCGUUAUGCUGAUUUGGAGAAGAAUUUGCCAAGAGAACAUCGUCCGACUUGGUUCUUGAAGAAUUAUUUUGACAAGAAUUGCUGCGACUUGCCUGUGAUAUUCAACACGACGGUCCUCGAAGAGUGCGGCUUCAGUUAUAUGAUGAACUACAUCAAUCAUGGACUUAAACAUCCCACACCGUCUGAAGCAACCACGGUAUUACCAAUGACUACCCCUGUUCCAACCACAGCUACUGACUCAGGUGACGGACUCAAAAUUGUUGAUUUGAAUACAAUACAAGAAAAGUCUACAAAUUUAAUCAUAGAUCCCAUGGAAUGUUGUGACAUGGAGGACUUCAUCAAGUCUACAUGGAAAUCGGAGUGCGAUUUCCAUUUGCAGUGGGGAGGUAAGGAGAGGUUGACCAUCUCUCAGCCACCAGCCACUGAGCCACCUACGACCACUACUGAAAGAACUGAGGCUAUACAAGAUAUUAUGUUGGUGCCACAAUCUUGUGAAAAGGAGACCUGUGUCUUCCGGAACCUAGGAAUCAUAAAAGGAACUGAAAUUGAUAAGUCUGCAUACAUAGAUAUGCUUGCUAACUUUACCGGCUCUCAUCAAGCGUGGAUCCGUGCUACAGAGAAAGUUGUGUCCAGGUGUCUGAACGCUAAUAACCUGGAACGUAGGAGCGACUGUCUCAUUAACGACGUCUUGGCUUGUACAUUGGAUGUGCUCACUGAGUACUGCCCGUAUAAGAGGAAAUCAGGAAUUUGCAAGCACGGCAAACACGAUGUUCCAUGCCAAAUAAGUUCUUCCAAAUCUAGACCUAAGAACCGUCGUGAGAUUUGUCUCCUACCGGAGCUAGUACAUCACGACCACCUGUACGAGUGUGAUCUAGACGCUCUAUACAAGGUGGAGCGCGUGGCUGUGCCUGUCAGACAUAAGAAACAUGUGUUCCCGAGCCUAUGGCACAAUUGCAAACAAUUAGAAACACAAACGUCAUGUAUUAUGGAUAAAAUGGGGAUCCUGAACAGAUACAAGUUCAUGGACUAUUUUAAGAUGAAGGAUAAAAUCAGACAAUUUACUGAGGACAAGCCGGAGUGGUCAGCGAUGAUGGAUAUUUAUACGAGUGCGUAUAUCAAUUUGCCGAUGUAUUCCGAUCAUUGUACCUCGGAGAGGAAGCUGCUGAAUGUCAUUGAUACUAUGCUGAUGACAUGCCCAGUAUCGAAGCGCAAAAACACGCCGCAAUGCAACUCGCUCUUCAUGGAGAUGGUGAAAGCAACUCCAGCGGACAACCAAACCGUGACUAAAGAAAAAGCCGACCAAAUUAUGAAGCACUACCAUCAUGUGUUUAUGCCUACACGACCACAACCUUCUAGAUUCGACGUCGCUAUACGAAAGAAGCAUACAAAACACGUCACUCCUGCAUUCCAAUUUGGGAUUCUUAAUUCAAAGAAUGCUCCUCCUGUUAGGGUGGCGUAUGUUAAACCUCCUUCAUACAAAGUAAGACCGCCUUUAAUUCUCCAGCCAGUGUACCUAAGACCAACUCAUUUUAUAAGAGGUCGUGUUAGCGAUAGUGCGUUUAGAAGUAAUCUUUUUUGGCAUCAUAACCAAUUGGUGAAACCUCAAGGGUCGGUCGAAAAGUCGACUUCCACGACCAGGUCUCCUGAAGUAUCUACUUCUGCGACUCUUGAACUGUCUACGAUGCCUCCUCAGUUAAACGAACCUUUCUUCAAAUUGCCUACUAAAUAUAUUAACAAUAAUGACAUGGAUAUGGAUUUGGGGAGACCCGAAUAG